AUGGACCCUCGGGGUAGCAUUGUGGCCAUUCACGGACUGAACGGCCACUGGCAAAAGUCUUGGACGAACCCACGGGAGAAAGACUUCCUGUGGUUGAGGGACCUCCUACCGACUAAGUUCCCGGGAGCCCGCAUCAUGAGCUUUGAGUACGACGCCCGAGCCAUCGGAGACAUCUCCCCCGCCGGGGUGAGAGAUCAUGCCGCCAAUCUGUUUAAGCUUCUGUGUAACGAGAGGGAAGACAUCAAGGACAAGAACCGCCCCAUCGUUUUCGUCGUACACAGUCUCGGAGGGAUCAUCGCCAAGGACCCGAUGCAGGCAGAGGCCUUGGACAUUUCCAACUCGACCAAAGGGAUAGUAUUCUUCGGCACCCCGCACCGUGGCUCCGACACCGCACGGUGGGCCAAGGUCGUGGCUGACGUCGUGUCGACUUCCCUCCACCGGCCCGAGGGCGAGCUGCUCAAGGUGCUGCAGACCAACUCGGAGGGUUUGAUGAACGUGUCUGAGGAUUUCGCCCCGCUCGCGUCGCGCUACGCUAUCGCGAGCUUCUAUGAGACGAAUGUGCAUCCCGUUUUGGGGACCGUUGUCGUCGAUAAGGCUUCUGCGCUGAUGGCCUUGCCGCACGAGGAGACUAUGAUGCUCGGUGGUGAUCACUCGUCCAUGUGUAAGCUUGGGAGGAACGAUCAGCGGUGGGAUCCGGUAUGGCGGGCGAUUCGGCGGUGCUCUAGGGGAGUGAGUCAGUGA